AUGAUACUAGCCACGGAAAAUAAAAAAAGACUAAUUUAUUUAUUAAUAUAUAUUUUAUUUUUAAAGGGAUCUAUGAAUAUUUAUAUAAAGAAAUCUCGAUAUUGUUUGAGAGAAAAUAAUAACUUAUUUUAUAUAAAAAAUAAUUUAUUUAAUUUUUUAAAAAAAGGAAAUCGAAGUACAAUAAUACAUAAUAAUAAUAUUGAGAAAAACACAACAAUGGAUUUUUGUGAAGUGGAUUUAGAUGAGUUUUGUUAUAAACAAUUUGAUAAAACAAAUAAGUCAUGCUCUCAUAUUCCUUAUGAUAAAAAUGAAUUUAUUAAUAAAGUAAAUGAACUUAUAAAGGAAAAAAAAAUAAAAGUAGUACCUGGUUAUGCAAGUUUUUGUAAGCACAUAUUUAUAGAAAAUUUUACAAAUGCAACAAUUGAAGCAAUUGAAAUAAAUAAUAAAAAUAGAGGAUUAAUAAAAACAGAUUAUAUAUCAAGAAGAGAUACAGAAUUACCUGUUCUUAUUAGAUGGAUAUCAAAAAAAGAUAUUAAAGAAAUUAUAAAAGCAAAAUAUUUAGAUUUAAUUUUAUAUUCACGUGAACAAAUAGAAAAAGAAAAUCAAGAAACAAAUAAUAUACCAAAAGUAAAAUCAACUUGUUUAUAUUCAAUAAUUUCUAUUAAACCACAAAAUGAGGAUUAUGAACUACCUAUGGCUCCAAUUACUAUGCUUAGAAACACACUAAUAACAGAAGGGGGUAGUGGUGUUAGUUUAAAUAGAGAGAAAUAUCUUGAAUCUGUUAAAUACUGGAGGAAUCAUGUCUCUAUAUUUGAUAAUUAA